UUCAGACGCGCGGCCGCGCGCUUGGCCCGCCCCAGACCGCGGUUGGGCGCCUCGGCGGAGGCAGCUUCUGGGCUGCGCUAGCUGGGCGCGCUGGGAGGCGGCGAUCGCAGCUGGGCUGGGACUUCCUUCCUUCACCGCAGGACAACAAAACAAUCCGGCAGCAGCCACCGAGCUCUUGGCCGCCGUCUGGGCGGGAGGCACAGCGAUGGGCUCCCUGCUGAGCAGCGAUAGCGGAAAAUCCGCGCCCGCCUCGGCCACCCAGCGGGCCCUGGAGCGCAAGAGGGACCCGGAGCUGCCCGUCACGUCCUUCGACUGUUCCGUGUGCCUAGAGGUGUUGCACCACCCGGUCCGGACCCGCUGCGGCCACGUAUUCUGCCGUUCCUGCAUCGCUACCAGUCUGAAGAACAAUAAGUGGACUUGUCCUUACUGCCGGGCGUACCUUCCCUCAGAAGGAGUUCCAGCAACUGAUGUGGCCAAGAGAAUGAAAUCCGAGUUCCAGAACUGCACCGAGUGUGACACCCUGGUUUGCCUCAGUGAAAUGAGGGCACACAUAAGAACAUGUCAGAAGUACAUAGAUAAGUAUGGACCGCUCCAAGAACUUGGGGAGACAACAACAAGGUGUGUAUGUCCAUUUUGUCAGUGGGAAUUGGAUGAAGAGAGCCUGCUGGAUCAUUGUAUUACUCAUCACAGAUCAGAAAGGAGAACCUUCUGUCCACUUUGCCGUUUAAUACCUAAUGAGAAUCCAAGCGGCUUCAAUGGCAGCUUAAUAAGACAUUUGCAAGUCAGUCACACUCUGUUUUACGACGAUUUCAUAGAUUUUAAUAUAAUUGAGGAAGCUCUUAUCCAAAGGGUCUUAGACCGGUCACUUCUGGAAUAUGUGAAUCACUCGAACACCACAUAGUUUUAUUAAAAGGAAAAGGAAAGAGACCAUACAAUUGCACCAUUUUCUAAGAUGCUGCUUGAAGAAUUGGAGGAAAACCCAGUGCUUGUUGGGCAAAAAAGGUGUACAACACAGUUGUAUGUUUGUCCAUAUUUAUCGUUAUAUUGCAUUGUAAAACUGCUUUCAUUUUGAUGGUUUAGGUCCGUUUUACAUUCUUGAGUUUCUUAGACACUUAACGGCAUCAAGUACCCUCCGUCAGCUAUUAAUAUAUGGAAGAGAAACAGAUGGCUGAGUAUGUGGGUGAAGGAUCUUUAUUUGCAAAUCGGAUGACACUGUGUGUUAUGCUACAUAGGCUAAUCUCAUGGUUGGGCAAGAUAAUGAAUUGUUGUUGUAUGUGAAAAGACUGAUGGUGAAACAGAGUGUGGUCAUUCAAGGGAAUAUGAAAUCUGUCCCAAUGCUCUUGUUCUAAUCUCUGAUGGAAUAACAUGAAUAACCUUGUAUGGGAGUAGGGAAAGAAGAUUUUGGAAGUUAAAGACAUCCAUUUAACCAAGUUGUAUAACAUCAUACUGUAACAAAAUAAAUUUCAUGAUAGGAAUGUAUACUUAAUUCUUUGACUUUUUUAACUAUGCACACAAGAAUUUAAUAUUAUAUUUUCAAAUAUUUGUAGCUUAUUAUUUAGAAAUAUUCUAUAAUACAGGCAAUUUCUUAAGAACCAUCAGCUGAUAUUUACAGUACAAGUAUUCACAUCCAUAAUUUUUAGUGGAGAAUCCUAAGGGCUUUGAUUUUUUUUUAAAUUUUAACCUUUAGAAAAACUAUAAAUACUGAAAACCAAAUAGAAAAUGUGUAGCUUAUUACAUUAUUAUAAGGAAACACUCUUUUAGAACUCUGCCAGCCACCUUGGAUGUCCUCUGUGUGUCCUGUCACAGUUAACAACCCUCUUCCCCAACUCCACAGAAGUAACCACUACGUUGACUUCAAUAGUACUCACUUCCUUGUGUUUCUUUAUUAUUUUAUCACCCAAGUGUGUAUCUCUACACACUAGAUUUUAGCAUCAUCCAUUUAAAAUUAUUUUAUUAGAUAUAUCUCUUACAUCUCUUUUUAACUUACAGGUUUCCCCCUUCUUUCUUUUCCUUAAAAUUAAUCUGGUCUCACUCCCUGUAUUUUGUUAAUUGCAUACUCAUGGCACAAUUCAGCAUGUUCCUCUGUCCUUGAUAUUGACACAUGGGUCCAGAGCUUUGCUCAGACUCAGGUCCAGCCUUUGGCCAGACCAUAGGUCAUGGUGUAUUCUUUCAUCAGAGGGCACAGAGCAUGUCUGGUUCCCUCUUUUUGUGAGGUCAGCUGAAAUCGAUACUCAGUGCCUUUGAGAUCCAUUGAUUUGUUGUAGGUUGGAGAAUAUGCUAUCAUUUCUUUUUCUUUUAUAAGUUGGAACAUUUUUAUAAAGAGGUGUUUCCCCGCAUCUACUAUUUGGUUAACCAGUGGUAAAGUUCACAUAGGAAAGGGGAAAUAAACAUUUGAAUUUUCCCCUUUACUUACCAACUUUCAAGGUAAUAAACUUGUUUUUUAUCAUCUUCUAUAGAUCACUUUUUUUAAGUGUUGUGAAUGCAUGGAUUCAAACUUUUUGAUAGGCUUUAAUCCAUUUUAAAUAUUACCUUAUUAAAGUUAAAACUGUCCUAUCUUUGGUCACUGGGAACCUCAUUAAGUCGGCUUUGAGUUCUUUUGACAAGGACUAUUAAAGUCUAGCUGUCUUUAAUAGCUUCCUUGUGGUCUCAUACGACAAGAUAUUUUUUCCACUUUCAACCUGUAAUGUUUCCUGUCCCAGACCUGGAAUCUGCCAUUUCUUUAAGAAGCCUGGUUACUUUCAGUGAGAAACAGUGCUUCAAAACCAUAAUUGGGGCUGUUAAGUUCACAGACUAGAUCGGUCAUUGUUUCUAGGAGAGAGCUAAGUAAGAAUCUUUUUUUUUUUUAAGGUAAAAACUUAAUGAGUUUAUUUUGAUAGUCUAAAUCAAAUUGAGUAUUACAGGAUUUUUACCUCAUCCCUACUAUUACAGUUGUACCUUCUAUUUUUCUACAUGAGAAUCCUGGUUUUCAGGGAAACAGGGCAUGGCAGAAUUAGAAUAUCCCACAAUUAUUCUUUUCCUUUAUCUACUUUACACAUGCAACAGUCUCAGAAUAAUAAUAUUAAUAAACCACCACCACUAUGAUAACUGGAACAAUUAAAAUUUUUUUCAUUUGUUCUCCCCAAUCUUCUCUUAUUUUUUUGAAGUUGUGCUUUAUCAACAUUUUCAGAACAUAUUAGUAAAACAUACAGUACUCUCUCCCUUUUAUCCCCCAUUUAGCCUUAGUUCUCCAAGUAACUGUAUAUUCACUGCUUGCCACCACUCCUUAUUUGAUGGCUCUGUUUUUUGUAUCUGGCUCUUUAAUGACAAAUUCAGGAUAUAGAAUAACAGUCCCAUCUUGAAAGCAAGCAAAGAAGCUAUGAAGACUAUUGAUUUCAACUCUCGGGGAUAAAAGGUUAUUUGGCUGUAGUUAACUUUUUAACUAUAAUCUUUUGUAAACUUCUUUGUUCCUUACACAUAAAUGUAGUCAUAAUCUUGUUCCCCCAAAUCUUCUAUAAUAAAUUAUUCAUUACUUCUUAAAAGCCUUGCUUAUUGUUCUGCCAUCCCCUGCAAGGUGAUUAGAAAAACGUGAUUAGUGAAGUUGGAUGGAAUCCAGAGGGCUGUAUUUCCUCCCUUUUAGAUGUUGGUUUCAGGCUUGCUUUUCACGGCUGCCAACAAGUAACAGCAGAUUUUUAGUCUCACGACCUGUCUUCCUGCAAUUUGGUUGGACCAUCCAAUAAAGCAAAACCUACUGGGGAGCAGGGCAUAGCUCAGUGGUAAAGCGUGUGCUUAGCAUGCACCAGGUCCUGGGUUCAAGCCUCUGUGCCUCCGUUAAAAAAGUACAAAAGAAAAGAAAUCUAUUGGACAACAAGGGCAAAAGGAGAGAAGCUUUUCAGAGGUAAUUGUUAGAUUGAAAAUCUAGUCCCUUAAGAAUAAAAGAACAUGUUUCUUAGCACUAGUGCUAUCCAGAAAACAAACUUUUGUAAAUUCAGAGCAAUACAGAAGGCAUCUUUAAAAUCUGUAAAACUUGAAAAAAAAACUUCAAAAACUGUAUUUUAAGUGAAGGUUUAAGUCACCUGCUACUAUUAACCUCAGGGCAGCAAUUCUCCAGCCCAUCCCUGGAUUCCCUUUAUGAUAAUUUCGCCCCCUAGAGGACAAAUUAGGUGCUGGCACCUGAAUCAUUUUGCCUUUUGAAUUGAGUUCUAAAAUAGUGAAGUGCAACUACUACUCAUUAUUUCACUGUGCCUUUAACCUUUUAUAGAAAGGAAUUUAUAAUUCAUUGUUUUCAAAAAAUGAAAAUCACUAUUUGAAGCUGUGGACUACUAACAAAAAAAUUUCGCUCAUUUUCUUUAUAGCGCCAACUGCCACUUUUUCAAGGCCUUAUGAGGGGAAAACUGAUUCACGUGUUAUUCUUUAAAAGCUAAAUACUUCUAAUCCUACAAAAACCCACGGAGAUUUUUUUCUUUUACGUAUUUUUUUUCACCUAACUUUCUAAAAUGUAGGUUGAAAAAUUGGAUUGUGAAUUUACAGUAAAGAUAGUUCUGGGUCAGAUCUCCUAAAAGAUUCGGCUCUAAUAAUGUUGCUUAUUACUUUUACUGGGUGCUAAGUGUCUUUUGUUUUGAAGUGGGCUUACUCCAGUCAUUAAAUAUUUAACAUGUAAUUACUACCUUCCAGCAUUGAAGUUUUUUGAAAAGUCACUAAAAGAUUCAUCCUUUUAUUAUUCAACUGCAAAAAAUAAAUCUGUAUAAUGAUCAGAAGUUAAAAUGUACAAUUCUUUUCCUUCUGUAAAUAUGUAUUAUUGUGAGAAAUAAAGAAUGGCAGGACCAUUGCUUUCAUUAAAAUA